AUGCAGCCUACUGCAUCGGCAUUCGUCAAGCACUUCUCUACGACUACUGUCCGUCAAGUCACCAAGAUCCCGCCCGAGUCUCCUGACUACAUCAAUGUCCCCAAGGCCCCACUUUCACAGUCAGACGAAGUUGAUAACAAACCAUCGCCCCUCGAAUACAAAGGCCACUUGCCCAUCCCCCGGCCCGUCUUCAGACAACGAAACAGCGCCGUCAGGAAAGCCGAUCCCCUGUUUCUGCAAAAGUCCGCGCCACUGCCGACUUCGAAAAAGUCCCAGCGGGAGCCAUUGAGUGAACAUGAAGCCUGGGAACGUCGCAUGGCCGCAUCACGACGGAAGAACCUCGAAGAGGGUAUUACGCAGUUGUGGGAGCGGAAGAUAGAGACUGAGAACGUGAGGGACGUUCGAAACAGGAGGAAGGUGCGGCGCAACACCGAGGCCAUGAAUAUGCCGAAGCGCGAAGACGAAGUGUUCACAGAAGCCACCAUACCGGCCGUGUUGCUCGAGACGGCCGUCUCACGCGACCCCUUAGCCUUCGUGACCGCGCGCAAGUCGCGACAACGUACGCGGAAGCUUGUCGAAAAGAAGUCCGAUGAUCGUCAAGAUGCUCUGCAACACCUAUACAUGAAUGCAAGGUCCUUCAUCGUGGACGAGGAAGAGCUCAAUGCCCAGAUCGAGAAGCUGUUCAAAGACGACUACUUUUCGAGUGUGGGGAGCUCUACCGGAUACAAGGCACAGAACGUUUGGGAUGUUCCCGGGAUGCCUAUGUCGGUACGCGAGAUGCUGAGCGACGUCACUAAGACCGAUAACAAGGCUGUGGACUCUGGUAUCAAAGAUGAUGGUAACCGCACCAAGAAGCGACAAAAGAAGAUCACUGAGGACUUGACGGGUGGGCCCAUGGAUAUGUGGCGUAUCUUUUAG